AUGAUCAACAAACCCUUCACACUCCUCCUCCUUCUCCUCCUCCUCUUCACCCGAACCUCCUCCGAACCCUGCGGCAACAAAUGUGGCAACCUCCAAAUCAAGUACCCGUUCGGCACAGGCCCCGGCUGCGGCGACCCUCGCUUCCAACCCUACAUAACAUGCAACCCCCAACACCAACAACUCACCCUCUCCACCCACACCGGCUGCUACCCAGUCACCUCCAUCGACUACUCCACCCAACUCCUCCGCAUCUCCGACCCCACCAUGUCCACCUGCUCCUGCACUCGCCCUAGCCGCGGCUUCGGCCUCGACUGGGACGCCCCUUUCUCCUUCCACCACUCCACCGUCUUCACCCUCCUCGACUGCAACAACAACAGUAACUCCUCCAUUCAUUUCCCUAUGUGCGACUUGGAAGGGGCAGACGACGUCUGCACCUUCCUCUGCUCGUGCGAGGCUGCCGACAGACUCAGCCUGCCAGUUUCCUCGUGCUGCGUGUACGCGCCGGUAGACUUGGGACCCGCGUUCGAGAUGGACCUGGGGAAGCUCGGGUGCGGGUCCUACUCGGCGGUGUACAGGUCCAACGACCCGCAGGCGUGGGACUAUGGGAUCGGUAUCGACUAUAAGUUCAACUACGCGAACGAUUAUCCGGCGAACUGCGCGAGCUGCGAGAAGAGUAAUGGUGUUUGUGGGUAUGAGGUGGGUCCCGCGGGGAGUUUUCUUUGUAACUGUCCGGGAGGGGUUAAUACGUCAACCGAUUGUUACUUUGGGCAGAGUUGGAGCGGCGCCGGGAGUCUUGCAGCAUUUUCGCUGAGAUGGUUGUGGUUCGUCGUCAUCUGGGCCUUUGUGUAGCCAGUCAUUCUGUGAAAAAACAGAUUGGGUUUCAAUAAAUUGUGGAUAUGUUAUAUGUAUGUUGCCUUUUUUUCAUUUCAUGGCGUUAACAUUUUAAUUACUUUCUCAAUGUAAGUCCACUUAUUUUGUUUGUACCUCAUUUGAGACUGAUGGUCAAUCGUGAAAAUUUGACAAUUGUUUUCC